UCGCCAGGAUGGAGGAACCAUCUUCAUCUUCCGGCCGGAAAAGAAUCCGGGAAGCCUCGACAAAAGAGGGAGUGGCGUUGAGCAUUCCAGCUCUCCUCUCGGCGCUCAAGAGACGCUGCGGCAUCGUCGGACACUUACGUUGCAAACUCGCUCGUUUCCAUGUAUGCCAAGUGUGGGAGCAUGGUUGAUGCUCGAAAGAUCUUCGAAACCAAUCCUCGCAAGAGCGUCGUCUCGUGGAACGCUCUCAUACUUGGGUACGCCGAGAAUGGCGAUGCCAAGCAAGCUCUCGAUCUCUUCUCGCAAAUGGAAAGCUCGAGCUUGGAGAGAUCCUGUCGCCCAAACCGAGUGACAUAUCUCGCAGCUCUCAAGGCCUGUGCCAACCUCGCGUCGAUAGAGCGAGGAAAAUCCACCGAGUGUUUGGAGAUUGGACGAAGAAUCCACUCCCAGCUCGUCGAAUCCGGACUGGAGCUCCAUACUUUCGUGGCAAGCACGCUCAUCGACACGUAUGGGAAGUGUGGGAGCAUGGUUGACGCGAGGAGCGUCUUCGAUCGAAUGAAAACGCAGGAUGUUGUGUCGUGGAGCUCCAUGAUUCUGGGAUAUGCCGAGAGCGGCCGUGGAGACACUUCUCUGGAGCUCCUGGAGAGAAUGCGAGAUGAUGGAGUUCGCCCAAACGCGGUGACUUACCUUGCAGCUCUCAAGGCCUGCGCCAACUUUCCAGGAGAUCUUUCGAAAGCUCGAGACGUUCACUCGGGGAUUCUAAGGUCCGGCAGCGAGUCCAACGGAUUCGUGGCGAACGCUCUGGUCGAUCUCUAUGGAAAAGUCGGCAGCAUGACCCAAGCUCAGCUUGUUUUCGAUGGAAUCGCGAUCGCCCACGACGACGCCGCAUCGUGGAACGCGCUGAUCCUCGGCUAUGCCGAGGGUGGCGACGAACAACAGGCCUUGGAGACGUUUGAGUCGAUUGAAAGGCUCGAGAGAAGCAACGCUGUGACUUACCUCGCAGCGCUCAAGGCCUGUGUAAACUUGGCAGGAAAGAGCCCGAGUUCCAGUCCGAGCUCUUCGAGUCCGAGUUCCACCAGUCCGAGCUCCAAAUCUAUGAAACUUUCAUGCCUGAGAAGGGGACGAGCUAUCCAUUCACGACUGAAGAACAUUGGACAAGACCACCAUCUCUUUCUCUCGAGCACUCUCAUCGAUCUCUAUGGAAAGUGUGGGAGCGUGGAGGAAGCCAAGACCGUGUUUGAUUCCAUGGAUCUUCGCGACGUUUUCGCGUGGACAGCCAUGAUCUCCGCCUACGUCGAGGGUGGCGAGAACGAGCAAGCUCUCGCCCUCUUCGCUCGAAUGGAGCUCGCGCAAAUCCCAGCCCCUCCAAGCCCAGUGACUUAUCUCACAGCGCUCAAGGCCUGCGCGAACCUGGGAGCUCUGGCGGCGGGGAGAUCGAUCCACGCUAAGAUCUGCCGGCGAGGAUUCGAGGGCGAGCUGCUGGUGACCACCGCCCUGAUCGAUUUCUACGGGAGAUCCGGGAGCUCGCGCGACGCGGAGGCGGUGUUUGAUGCCGCGGCUGCCGCUAGAGACCUCGCGAUGUGGAACGCUCUCGUGGGAGCUCACAGCCACCAAGGCAAGAUCGAUCGCGUGCUGGAUUCCCUCCAGGGGAUGGAAGCCGAGCAGGGCCUCCGACCAAACGGAGUGACCUUCGUCUCGAUUCUCGCGGCGUGCGGCCACGCCGGGCUCGUCGACCAAGGGCGACAGUUCUUCCGCGAAAUGCGGGAUGUGUACGGCAUUGUCCCCUCCGAGGAGCACAUUAGCUGCGUCGUGGAUCUCCUUUGUCGGGCGAAUCGAUUGGACGAGGCGCUGGAGAUGUUGGAAUGCCAGCGGCCGAGGCCGGGAUUUGUGACACUCAUGGGCGCGCUGGGCGGAUGCCGCAAGUGGGGAAAUGCCCGCGUCGCGAGGGCGGUGUUUGAUCUCAUUCUGGGGCUUGAAAUCCCGGAGGAAGACCGAGCUGCGGCAACUUUGCUCAUGGCUAGCGUUUGUGGAGAAGCCUAGAUAUCCAUUACAGCUUCUCGUUUUCAAAGACAUCUGGUAAAACAUUAGAGUUUUAGGCAAAUGCCUCAACUCGGCAUUUGUUAAAGAACUUUAGGUGGCAACUUUGUGUUGAAUCUCGCAGUGCUGCUACCUCCAUACCUUAUCCCGAUUCCAAUCCAAUCCUCGAGAAAUAUAUCAUCUUCCGGGAGAAGCUGCCCAUCCAGAGAUGAGACAAUCAAAGCUUGAAGGUUUUUGUCUCAACUAUGAAUGCCGCGAAAACUUCAAGCCAUAUGAGAUAGGUUAGCGGUCCAAGCUCGACAACUAUAAAUCAGAUGAUCGCAAUUGUCCUCCCUCAACUUUCCAAUGCUAUCACCAAAAUCUUGUCACGUUCUUCCACUCUUGCUAGUUCUCAUGACAGCGGCAGCAGAAGCAAAGACCGUGAAGAUCUUUAAUCGCUCUGAGUCUGAUCUAUCGCUCCACUGCCAAUCCAAGCAGGACGAUUUGGGGGCACAGACGCUCAAGCCCAAGG